AUGGCGUCCACCGGGAGACACCGAAAGUUAGCCGACUCGUAUGACUCAGACGAUGACGCCCCGAUAGGAAACAUCUUGACUACAGCGAAGGCAGCCGAGUUGUGUCCCAAGCCCCAUCGCCUGAUUGCGCGAAAUGGAGGCUUCACAUCCUUGGCGGACCUCUCCACUCUUUCCGCCCUUGACUACAUCGAUUUGCGAGGAAACGCUCUCACCUCCGUCGAAGGCAUUUCAUCCAACACACGUUUGAAAACGUUGAUCGUCAAGGAGAAUAAACUAACAAACGUCGACCACAUUCUCUCCACGAAAGCUUUGCAAAUUCUCGACAUCUCCGAUAACAAUUUCGUUUCUACAGACUGGCUUGCGAGGGCCACUUUUGCCGGCAGUCUGGUCGCGCUUGUCGCGCGUGGCAACCAGUUGGUUGUGCUGGAAGGAAUGGCAAGUCUUCGAAAAUUAGAAACCAUCGUCCUCAGCAACAAUCAGAUUGAGGAUCUUGCUCCUGCUAUGCAACUGACCAGUCUCAUAAAGCUCUCCGCCUCGAAUAAUGCUAUUCGCAGUAUUCCUCCUUCUAUUACAAACCUCUACAACCUACGAGAACUACGUUUGGCUCACAACCGUCUCGCUGCCCUUCCCCCCAAGGAAGUCCUGGCGAGGCUGUCAUCACUCAAGAUUUUGGACAUUGGCCACAACCGAAUCACGAAUAUCGAUAGCCUGGCUGCGUGUAGUGGAAGCCUGGUACAAUUGAACAUUGCGGGAAAUCCCGUUUGCACGAAAGAAGAAAACUUCACUGAAGCACUGCGAAAAUUAUGCCCGAAACUCGAAAUUAUUGAUGCGCGUCGGAUUGCGGGAGGACGAAGGAAAUUGCGCGUCAAUAGACAAAGAUUAGACGCUGGCAUGCCGUUGGAACCAGAACGCAAGUUUGCUCGUCCACCGUCAGCGUACUACGUUCAAAAGGGGAAUGAUGAGAAAUCUCUUCGGAGAGAUAAAGAGCCUGCAGUGUUGAGUUCAGCAGGUGGCAAUGAGAGCGAGACGAAGAAGCGAAAGGCGGACAGAACCAGUCAGGGAAUGGUUCAAAAGGACUCUAUGCAGAGGGGAGAACCUCCAACAAAGAAGAAGCAAGCAAGCCCAAAGGCAUCUGACGAAGAAGAUGAUGACGCUCUAGAUGCAGCUCAGUUCAUCGCAAUGGCAACAACGAAAGCUAUCUCAGUUGGAAACAGCAAUUCAUCACAACUGGCUAUUGAAAAACAGAGCAAACCGAAGACAAAGCAGAAAUCCAUGGGCACAGUUACACAGCGCCAAAGCGUAGAAUUUGGUUCAGGCGGAGAUAGCAAAUGGUAG